CGUUUUCAUCCCUACACACGGCGGUCGCCGUGACGGCGUCAGCUCUCUCCCUCCCCAAAACCCUAAUGGCGUCCCGCCUCCUCCGCCUCCGCCGCCUCCUGACUCCCCGCCCCACCUUCCCCGCCGCCGCCGCCUUCUCCACUUCCGUCACCCCGACCCCGCGCGUCUCCGCGCUCGUUGACGAGAUCUGCGGCCUCACCCUUCUCGAGGCCUCCACCCUCGCCGACGCCCUGCGCGGCCGCCUCGGCGUCGACCAGCUCCCCCCACUAGCUAUCCUGACUGGAGGCGCCGCCCCGCUCGCCGGCGGCGGAGCGGUCCCCGGGGCGGCCGGCGAGGAGGCGAAGGCGAAGGAGGAGAAGAUGGCGUUCGACGUGAAGUUGGAGGGGUUCGACGCCGCGGCGAAGCUCAAGAUCAUCAAGGAGCUGAGGGCGUUCACUAACUUGGGCCUGAAGGAGGCCAAGGAGCUCGUGGAGAAGGCUCCCGCCGUGCUGAAGGCGGGAGUGCCCAAGGAGGAGGCGGAGAGCAUCGCCGAGAAGAUGCGGGCGGUUGGCGCCAAGAUCGUUCUCGAGUGAGAGGAUUAUAUCUCCGUAUGGCGUGGCUUCUUGAUUUGUUUUUAUUGUAUGAAGAAAAUGAGAGAAUUUUGGAACAAGGAAACAAUAAUUUGUGUAAACUGACUGUGAAGAUCUUUUCAUUGUUAGUGGAAAUGCCAAGUGGACUUUGGGGAAUAUGGUCGAAGACUUAGUGAUAGAGCUUCGAGCUCUGUAUCUUGACUGUUUUUUUUGUUUUGUGAGGAAUAGAGAAUUUAUUACUUGGAAGUUGAA